AUGGCGAAGCAGACCAAGGCUGAGUCCCGCCGGGCGCGCGUGGCCGUCGUCUGCAACGGCGACAGCGUCAUCUCGCUCCGCCGGCAGAACCUUGCGCGCUACCUCAGCGCCUGCAUGACCAUGGGCGGGUGGUGCGAGAAGGUCUCGCUCGUCUCCAUCAAGGGCACUGUGCCCAGCACCCCGUACGAGGUGCUGCGGCGCGACGGCGCCGUCUUGGCCUCCAAGGACGUAGCCUUCACGUCGGACGCAUCGAUCCUCGCCAACUGCGACGCUAUCUUCCUCUGCGUCGACCUCAUCGAACUCGACGCUGUCGCCAAGAUUGUGGCCGCGACCAUCAAGGGCUCCAAGACGAAGCAGGUGAUCGUGCAUCUCGAGGCCUCGCUCAAGCGCAAGGACGGGCUCGAGAAAGCGUUCUUUGCCGACAAGACGUUCCUCCAGGGCGGCGCCUGCUUUGACGUCGUCGUCGAUGACAAGGGCGUGCUCAUGCCUCUCUCCAACGGCGCCCUCUUCAUGGAGCGGCUUCCGAAGGAGAAGGAAAACGCGCUCUUCUGCCUCAGCAUCAUCGAGAGCUGCGCGCUCCAAGUCAUUAGCCGGCGCAACCUCCGAGCGAUUCACUGGUCCAACGCCAUCAUCAACUCGGUGUACAUGGUCUGUGCGCUCACGGGCCUCUCGGUGCUCGACGCGCUCCGCGACCGCAAGUGCCGGCUCAUCUACGCCGAUCUCAUGCACGAGAUGACCAAGGUCCUCGACAGCGUCGCCAAGGAUAAGAACUGGCAGCUCGACCACAGCGGCAACUGCGUGCUCCCAAUCCCGCUGCUGCUGUCGCUCCUUCCACUGCCGAACGCGAUCUUCAACCACCUUGUGUUGCGGCUCGUGGACUUUGGCGUCUCGGUGAUUGACGACGGCCAUCCACUUCUGACGACGGAUGUGGCGGGCGGUCUCUUGACGGAGGUCCCGUACGAGUACGAAGACGUGUUUGAACUCGCGACCAAGACCAAGGUUGACGUUCCGACGUUGACGCAGAUGAAGAAACUGCUCUUGGCGGCGGCCGAGACCAAAAAGACGGGCCGAAUCAGUGCGGCAGCGCUACAUGCGGCGAUUCAGCCGAGCGCCGAGAGCCGAAAGCACUCGCGCACGUUUGUGCUCAAGGUCUUCGUCACGAUCCUCAUGACCGUUUGGCUGAUCCACUCGCUCUUGUAAGACCAACACAAGAAUCUGAUAGUACGAGCGUUCACCUCGUGUAGUUAACAGUGGAGGUAGACGUCAUAAUGGCGAUGACAAGGACAUGAUUGAGCACAAA